AACAGUCUUAACACAUACAUUCCGCCUUACCAACUGGAAACCAUGGGAUCCGAAGAGCAGCGGCCACUGCUACAUGGAAUCGACUCUCCCACGUCUCGCAUUUCCGACCUGCCAUCCGCCAUGAUCGAAGAGUUCCUUGAACAACCGCGGCGGGUGGCGUUUCGAUACUGGGCUCGGCUGGUUGCUUGGGAGUCAAGACUCCUAUGGCUUUUAUCCGGUUCGUCGAUUGCUGUUUCGGUUUUCAAUUAUAUGUUGAGUUUCGUCACUCUCAUAUUUUGUGGGCAUUUGAGCUCUUUGGAGCUCGCUGGUGCAUCCAUUGCUAGUGUUGGAAUACAAGGUCUUGCUUAUGGUAUCAUGCUGGGGAUGGCAAGUGCUGUACAAACAGUAUGUGGGCAAGCCUAUGGAGCCAAACACUUGGGAGCAAUGGGGAUCAUAUGCCAAAGAGCAAUCAUCUUGCACUUGGGAGCAGCGAUCCUCCUCACACCUGUGUACUGGUGGUCAGGGCCAAUACUCAUAGCCAUAGGCCAAUCAGAGGACAUAGCAAUUCAGGGUCAAAUCUUCGCACACGGUUUGAUCCCUCAGCUCUAUGCAUUUGCCAUAAACUGCCCGCAGCAGAGGUUCCUUCAAGCACAGAACGUAGUGAACCCUUUGGCUUACAUCUCUGCCGGAGUUUUCGCCCUUCAUAUUCUUCUCAGUUGGCUGGUGAUAUAUGUUGUGGACUAUGGACUGACUGGUGCUGCUCUAACACUGAGUUUGUCCUGGUGGUUGCUUGUGAUUAUAUGUGGGAUCUACAUUCUUGUAAGCCCCAACUGCAAGGAAACUUGGACUGGUUUCUCUUGGAAAGCCUUCAAUGGAAUUUGGCCUUAUUUAAAGUUGACUCUUUCCUCUGCCGUCAUGCUAUGUUUGGAGAUAUGGUACAACCAAGGACUAACCCUGAUAUCUGGGCUCCUCCCCAAUCCUACAAUAUCUCUAGAUUCCCUUUCAAUUUGUAUGAAUUACUGGAACUGGAGUCUGCAGUUUAUGUUAGGCCUAAGUGCAGCAGCCAGUGUUAGAGUGAGCAAUGAGCUAGGGGCUGGUAAUCCAAAGGUGGCCAAAUUUUCGGUUUUUGUAGUGACCAGUACGAGCAUCCUGAUUAGUGUAGUCUUCACUGUGAUCAUCGUGAUAUUCCAAGUUGGAUUAAGCAAACUGUUUACAAGCGACCCCGAGGUUAUCGAAGCAGUGAUUGAAUUGAUUCCCUUGCUAGCUAUCUCUGUUUUCUUGAAUGGCAUCCAACCUAUACUCUCAGGUGUGGCAAUUGGAAGUGGUUGGCAAGACAUUGUGGCUUAUGUUAACAUUAUUUGUUUCUAUAUCAUUGGACUCCCAAUAGGAUGUGUUCUUGGCUUCAAAACUGAUAUGGGAGUAUCAGGCAUAUGGUGGGGGAUGAUUGGUGGCGUUGCUUUACAAACAAUAACUCUAAUUAUUCUCACUGCCAGAACAAAUUGGAAUGCUGAGGUUGUGAAAGCUGCUGAUCGCUUGAAAAGAUCGGCAAGUGAAGAAAACUUGAACUUGGCGGGGACCAUAUAAGGAACUUCAUACACGGAAAUUUUACUAUACUCCGGUGUAUGUUAUCAUUGUUAUGUAACAUCAUAUUGUUUACCAUUAGAUUAAAUAGAGGAGGAAAAAACAAAUCAAAGCAAUUGUUUGGAAAAACAUUUGAAUGUAAAUUUCAAAAUGGAGUCAGGUCAGGUAUCAAACUGUUCAAAACUGAAAAUGGAAUAUAAAUCAACAGCUUAGUUUUUGAAGGAUC